UUUAUGUAUUACCAAAACCAGCACCAAGGAAAGAACAUACUAUCUUCUUCAAGAAUGCACAUAUCUUCGGAAAGACAUCCAUUCCUUAGAGGAGGGAAUAAUCCUGGAGAUUCUGGACUCAUCCUUUCAACAGAUGCAAAGCCUCGUUUAAAAUGGACUCCAGAUCUUCAUGAGAGGUUCAUUGAAGCAGUCAAUCAACUCGGUGGAGCAGAUAAAGCUACUCCUAAGACAAUCAUGAAAGUCAUGGGUAUUCCAGGCCUUACCUUAUACCAUCUCAAAAGUCAUCUUCAGAAAUACAGGCUGAGCAAGAAUCUCAAUGGCCAAGCUCACAGCGGCUUAAACAAAAUAGGUAUGAUGACCAUGAUGGAAGAAAAGUCACCUGAAGCAGACGAAAUUCAAAGCGAGAGUUUAAGCAUUGGACCACAGCCAAACAAGAACUCACCAAUAAGUGAAGCACUGCACAUGCAAAUAGAGGUCCAAAGAAGGCUUCAUGAGCAACUUGAGGUACAGCGACAUUUGCAGCUCAGGAUAGAGGCUCAAGGGAAGUACCUACAAUCGGUUUUGGAGAAAGCUCAAGAGACUCUUGGAAGACAGAACCUCGGUGCAGCUGGCCUCGAAGCUGCCAAAGUUCAGCUCUCGGAGUUAGUAUCUAAAGUAUCAGCAGAAUACCCAAACUCUAGUUUCUUAGAGCCAAAAGAGCUUCAAAGCCUAUGCACACAGCAAAUGCAGUCAACCUAUCGACCUGAUUGUUCCCUUGACAGCUGCCUUACCUCAAGCGAGGGAGCUCACAAAAACCCGAAGCACAACAGAUUAGGACUAAGAACGUAUCUUGGUGAUUCCACAUCCGAGCAGAAAGAGAUCAUGGAAGAACCGUUGUUCCAACGGAUGGAGCUCACGUGGACAGAAGGUCUGAGAGGGAAUCCAUAUCUUUCAACGAUGGUUAGUGACUCGGACCAAAGAAUCUCGUAUUCAGAGAGGAGUCCAGGUAGGUUGUCGAUAGGAGUAGGGAUGCACGGACACAGAGGCCACCAACAAGGCAACAAUGAGUACAAAGACAAAAGUGAGGAUCAAAAGCUUGAAACCCGGAGCACAACAACAGAGCUAGAUCUUAACACACAUGUCGAAAACUAUUGUACGACGCGUCCGAAACAGUUCGACUUGAAUGGUUUCAGCUGGAACUGA